UCCCCAACGCUGCACAGUGUAACACAAAAUAUGUAUUUAUUUUCUAAAACAGAGAUACUUGCAAGAUUAUUUUUCAUAAUAAGUUUCACUGGUUUGGUGAUGUACGUGAUUCUUGCGUUCUAUUCCUUCCACACGGCAUAUAGUACUGUGACGGAAAUAGGAAAGUUUCAAACUAAACUCAAGGAGAUACCGCAUCCAGAUCUGUUCAAGGCAAAAAGAUUUGACAAUGAUCUGAAAUAUAUACUUCUUUGGGUUCAAUCUAAUAUCGAGAAUCCUAUUGGAGAAGGCCAAAAACCAUUCAUUGAAAACAACUGUACGUAUAUAAAUUGUUUUCUAACUACAAACAAGGAUGUGUUGAAUGCUGAUUAUAGAAAUUUCGACGCUAUCAUUUUUAAUAUGAGUCUAUUGCCUAAUUGGAGGAAACUGAAUAUGCCUCAAACGAGAACAAUGAAACAGAAAUACAUAUUCCACUCAAUGUUACCUUCAAAUGAUAAUCCAAUAUGCAACAUUAAUUUAGACAGUCAUUUCAAUUGGACCUGGUCUUACAAAUUAUAUUCGGACAUUGUAACACCAUUUAUCGAAGUGAAAGAUUUAAAUGGCAAUGUUAUCGCUCCAAAUAUAGACGUAGAAUGGCCGAUUUUAGAAACCAAAUUCGAGGAUAUCAGACCGAAAUCUAAAGCAGUAGUCUUUGUUAUGGGCAAAUGCCACCCGCGAUUAAGAGGAAUGUCAUAUGCAAAGGAUUUGCAGCACUAUUUGAAAGAGCAUAAGCUUGUAUUAGAUAUUUACGGGUGUGGAGGAAUUAAGUGCUCACACGAAGACUGUAAGAAGGAUGUUGGAAGAAAUUACUAUUUCUAUUUAGUUAGCGAAGAAAGUGGAUCUGAGGAUUAUGUCACCAAAGAUGUGAUGCAUGCGUUUAAUAGUGAAGCCGUCCCGAUAAUGAUGGGUGGAUCGGAUUUCAGCAGAUUCUUUCCAGAUGGUUCUUAUAUAGACUCAAGAGGAAUCUUUCCAGAAAAAUUAGCAGCUAUUUUAGACUAUUUAAUCAGAAACCCUGAAGUCUAUAACGCUUAUCAUCAAUGGAGGGCUAAUUAUACCAUUCAACCCGUCAACAUGCUGCGAGGUCUUUGCGACCUGUGUGAGCUGCUGAACGAUGUCAAGAGGGUUAACAUACAAAGUUACUACGAGACGUUCAGAAAGUGGUGGUAUUAUGGAGCGUUGUACGAGCGCUGUUACCCAAAAGGUGCUGAGAGUUUUUCUGAAGUGUUAUCGUAUAUUAAUGUAACGAAGAGCAAGAAAAUCAAAAAAAUAUAAUCAGGGUUUUUAGUUCAUAUCUCAAUUAACAAUUUAAUAAAAAAAAACCGUUAUCGCGAUCUAUACUUUAUUGCUUUCUAAAAAUGUUUCAAAAACAUUUUCCACGUACGAUAUUCAAAUAUUGGACAUCGAACUACACUGUUUUGAUAGAAAUGCACACGCCGCAUUCUUUGUAUCAAAAUAUAUGGAAAAUGAAACUGACAUUUUUACAGAAUUUUAUUACAUAUAUUCCUGGAAACGUGGGUACACGUACGUAUACUGGAAUAUGCAACGCUACCGUUCUUUGAUAGAUCAAGCUUGAAAAUUUGCUGUAAAAUGCACGAACAUUCAUCCUUAACAGAAUAAUGGAGUUGCAAACGCCAUUCGAGUGAAUAUAAAGAUGAAAUAAGUAUAAAUGCUGGUGGA